UUGUUUGAUUGACCUAGUUAGAACUGUCAUCACAAUAUUUGGAAUGCAAUCGGCACCAUAUCAUAUUUUAGCGUUUUAAACAGUAUGUUUACAGUUAAACUUAUCUGGGAAAAAAAUGCAUUCCUGUGUCAAAACCAAAUGCUUUCGCUUCUGUUCAUUAAAGUAUGCAGUGCAUUUGGCUUUGCUGUAAACAAAUAGGGUCACACAUACAAAGAACACACCCAGCAGAAAAACCUGUUUUGCAAAGACAUAAUCCGUAAGAUAAACAACCCUUCCAGUGCCGAGGAAACCAUUUUUCUCAGGCUGUGCUACUGCGUGUACGAAAUCUGUCUGUGCGGACAUACGUGAAAAUGGCAGAGGCCGAUAUUUCAUGGGCUCAGGAGCAGUUCAGCUGUUCGGUCUGUCUGGAACUGCUAAAGGAUCCCGUGACUAUUCCAUGUGGACACAGUUACUGCAUGAGGUGCAUUGCAUGCUACUGGGAUCAGGAUGAACAAAAGGGAGCUUACAGGUGCCCUCAGUGCAGAAAGACGUUCGCUUCAAGACCCGCUUUAUAUAAGAAUGUAGUGUUUGCCGAAAUGGUGGAGAAACUGAAGAGCAUGUCGAGUGAAGCCGACGCUCCGGCGCCAGGAUUGGAGUGUGACGUCUGCAAACAAGAAGCCGUCAAGUCUUGUCCAAUGUGUGUGAAGUCCUACUGUCAAAAUCACCUGGAACAUCAUGAGAAUUCCAUCAAAGGGAAGAAGCACAAGUUGAUCGAAGCCAACGGACGACUACAGGAGAUGGUCUGUCACCAACACCAAAAGUUUCUGGACGUUUUCUGUCGUACUGACAGGCAGUGUAUUUGUACGAUGUGCGUGACAGAUAAACACAAAAAUCAUGAAACUGUACCAGCUGAGGCAGAGAUGACCAAAAUGCAGGGUCACUUAAAGGAGAUGCAAAAGAAAUACAAGCAGUUGAUCCAUCAGAGAGAUCAGGAGUUUCAGAAGCUUCGAGAAGCAGUGGAGACUCACAAGCGCUCCGCUCAGGCAGCUGUGGAGAACAGCGAGAAGAUCUUUGCCGAGCUGAUUUCAUUCAUAAAGAGAAGUCACUCUGAAGUGACCCAGCUGAUCAGAAAUCAGGAGACGGCUGCGGUGAAUCGAGCCGAGGAACUAUUGGAUCGACUGAAAGAGGAGAUCGAUGAUCUGAGGAGGAGGGACGCAGACCUGGAGGAACUUUCACACACAGACGAUCAUAUUCAUUUCCUCCAGAACCCCAGGCGUCUUUCUGACUCUGGAUCCUCAGAUUUACCCAACAUUGCAGUCAGUCCUCUCCUCUCUUUCGAUGAUAUCGGGAAAUCUCUCGACAAACUCAGAGACAAACUGCUGAGUUUCUGCAGAGGGGAAAUUAAAAUGAUGUAUGAUACAGUCAAAAAUAUUCAGAUAGUUCUUGGUCCUGUGAACGAAAACCGGGAGGAAUAUCUUAGAUAUUUCCGCAAGUUUACUUUGGAUGUAAACACGGUGAAUAAAAGCCUUCAUCUGUCUGAAGGGAACAGAGCGAUUACGGACAAGGACACCUCCCAUCAAUAUCCCGAACAUCCCGACAGAUUUCAUGGUUGGAAGCAGGUGUUGUGUAAGGAGAGUGUGAGUGAUCAGUGUUACUGGGAGGUUGAAUUGAUUGGGAGUUAUGGAGUGUCGAUAUCGGUGUCAUAUAAGAGCAUAAAUCGGAAGGGAAUGGGUGACGAGUGUAGAUUCGGAUACAACGAUCAGUCCUGGAGUUUGUUCUGCUCUCCCUCCAGAUUCUCAUUUUGUCAUAAUAAAAAAAUGACCAAUCUCCCUGUGAUCUCAAGCUGCUCUAAAAUAGGAGUGUAUGUGGAUCACAAAGCGGGAAUUUUAUCAUUUUACAAUGUUUCGGAUAAAUUGACCCUUAUUCACAGAGUCCAGACCACAUUUACUAAACCUCUCUAUGUAGGGCUUGGCGUAAGCAUGCACUCAAGAGUAAGGUUAAGUUCUUAACCAAAUUAAAAUAUACAACUUUAAAUACUUCUGGCAUAAUAUGAUUUAUUGGCUCUUUUUCAGAUAAACCUCUAUUCAUUUCA